AUGGCUGUUCCCCAAACCCAGAUCGCGGCCGUACUUCCCCCAUCUGGGGCGACCACCACAUCCAAGUUACAAAUUGUACAUGACCGUCCGGUUCCCUCUCCCACGGAGGGUGAAGUCCUAGUCAAACUCGAGUACUCUGGACUAUGCCACUCAGAUGUUCAUAGUGUGCGCGGGGAAACCCCCAUGCUGACCGAUAUAGCGGGCCAUGAAGGUGUGGGGAAGGUAGUGAAAGUGGGCAGUGGACUUGACGAGCAAGCUUGGAUGGGACGGAGAGUUGGUAUACGAUGGCUAUACAGUUCUUGUCUGGAGUGUGAGAUUUGCGCUAUCAAUAAUACGGCCUGUCCGUAUCAGAAGAAUGCUGGAGCGAAUGUGCCAGGGACUUUUCAACAAUACGUUGUCAGCCCUGCCAUCCACGCAACCAUAAUUCCUCCUGAGCUGGCACCAGAUGUAGCUGCGCCACUCUUAUGCGCCGGUAUCGCAAUGUACUCCUCGAUCAUGAAGACGAAAACCCGACCCGGAGACUGGAUUGUCCUCCCCGGAGCAGGAGGGGGCCUAGGACACAUGGGCGUCCAAAUUGCUUCCAAAAAGGGCCUCAAAGUCAUAGCAAUUGACAGGUACGAAGAAAAAAAGCUUUGUCUCUCCCUCGGAGCCACAAGCUUCCUAGACUACAAGACCGACGACGUUGAGCGUGAAGUGAAAGCCUUGACUUCGGGUCUAGGCGCGCAAGCCGUCAUCUGCACGGCCAACAGCGAGCCCGCAUACAUCCAGAGUAUGAAGAUGCUUCGCAGUCUGGGCGUCCUUGUUUGUGUGGGUAUACCGAGUGUGCCGUUCAAGUUACCGGCUACGCCGUUUGAUAUGAUUGUUAAAGGGCUAACGAUUGUUGGUAACUCGGCUGGAACCGCCAAGGAGAUGGGGGAGUUGAUGGAGAUGGCUGUGGCGGGCGAUGUGAAGGCUCAUAUUGAGUGCUUUGAUUUUGAUUGCAUUGAUGAUGUGCUGCAACGCCUGGGACGGUCUGAGAUUGAGGGACGAGCAGUUGUGCGCAUUCCUGAGUGA